AUGCCAUUACACUCUACAAUUACUCCAGAUUUCUCACAAGCCCUUCAAUUCAAACCCCUAGUUAGCUUAAUGGGUUACUAUUGUUAUAAACACAAAUACAAGAGAAAUCAUGGCACUUGUUCUGAUCAUACUUCAGAUGUUGUUAUGAUGUUGGCCGUUGCAUUGAUGCUCCUGGGGAUACCAUGGCUCUUCUCGCGUAGUGGACCAGUGGUAGUGGUCGAAGAAAACAAGAACUGGUCACUGACACCAAUACUCGUACUACUCAUCCUGCUUUUCUUGUCAUUCAUUGGAAGGCCAAGAAGGACUAAUAUGAAGUCAAUUUGCUGUCGGUCAAUAUUGGAUUCAAGAAUUAUGUCCCACUUCAGCAAUAAUGGAUUCAAGCAGUACCGCUCAUAUCAAAAAGUAAGAUAUGGAGUCAGAAACAAGACACGAGUGAUUAGAGUGUACAAUAAAUGA